AUGACGACGGAGGCCGUGUUGGACACGUUCUCGAACCCGUCGCUGACGCCGACCUCGUAUCUGAACUCGAUCCUCCCUUCGUACCGCGGCAGCUCGACGACGCUGCCGCAGAUGCACACCGAGGCGGUCAACAUUCUGUCUUCGCUCGAUCACACGACGCAGGAGCUGAUUAAGAAGUUGGAGAAGGUGGUCACAGAGAUGCUCAGCUCGUCCACACGGCUCAAGUACGAGGUCGAGCUGCUGGCGGGCGACGUGGAGCAGCUUGAUACGACGAUCAACAAGGAACUCAAGCCGCGCGUCGAGAGCGAGGUCGCGCAGAAGAACCCGGCGAUGCAGCGUCUGGAGAUGCUUGAGCUGGUGAGACGGCGGCUGGUGGAGGUUAUCACUACGUUUGAGGAGGCAAAGAAGGUCGACGUCGAUCUACGGCAGCAGAACGGGCAGGGCAUGGAGGACAACGUCCGCCAGCUGCUGUCGGAGGACAAGUUCAAGCUCGCAAACGACGAGGUCGAGCGGCUGGAGAAAGUGAUUGAGGUCUGGAACGGAACACAGGAAUACGCGGCCAAGGCCGAGUUCGUGGGCAGGCUGCGGAAGCUCGUGCAGGACACUGUCUCGCGGAGCGAAAACAACAACGGCGGGUCGCGCGCGCUGUCGGCGGGGAUCAUGUCCGGCACGAGCACGCCCGCGACGGCGAGGAGUCCUGUGCCGCCGGGGGUGACGGGUUUUGAGAGACAGGAGUAUCCGAAUGUGCGGGCUUCGGCUGAGUUUUUGAAGCAGGAGGCGAAGGAGGGGUAUCUAGGGCUGAUAGAGUCGCUGAAGAAGAUACGGCAGGCUCAGUGA